AUGGGCUCUGUGGACUUCGCUAGCUCUAUGGAGCACCAACCUUUACUUGACUCACGCACAGAGAUUCAAAAUUUGUCAUCUGAGGUCAUUGAAGAAUUCUUGGAACAUAGGCCUAUUGCGUGGAGGUGGUGGGCAAAACUUGUUGUGUGGGAGUCAAGGCUCCUCUGGCUCCUCUCUGGGUCUUCUAUUGUUGUGUCCAUUUUCAAUUAUAUGCUCUGUUUUGUGACCUUGAUGUUCACUGGGCAUUUGGGGUCUCUAGAGCUUGCUGGGGCAUCUCUAGCCUGUGUCGGUAUUCAGGGUCUUGCUUAUGGUAUUAUGUUGGGGAUGGCAAGUGCAGUGCAAACUGUGUGUGGGCAAGCAUAUGGGGCAAAAAAGCUUGGAGCAAUGAGCGUCAUAUUGCAAAGAGCAAUCAUCUUACACAUUGGAGCAGCAGUGAUUCUUUCAUUUUUGUAUUGGUUUUCUGGGGAUUUUCUGAAACUCAUAGGACAGUCAGAAAGCAUAUCAGAGAGAGGCCAAGUGUUUGCUCGGGGACUUAUUCCCCAACUCUUUGCAUUUGCAAUAAGCUGUCCAAUGCAGAGGUUCCUCCAAGCUCAGAACAUUGUGAAUCCUCUUGCAUAUAUGUCAGUUGGGGUGUUCCUUUUGCACAUUCUUCUCACUUGGCUAUCUGUCUAUGUUUUGGGCUAUGGCAUUAUUGGGGCAGCCCUUACUCUCAGUUUUUCUUGGUGGCUUCUUGUCUUUUUAACUGCCCUCUACAUCAUAUUUAGCCCAAGAUGCAAAGAAACCUGGACUGGCUUCAGUGUACGGGCCUUCAAAGGAAUUUGGCCUUAUUUCAAGCUCACAGUUGCUUCUGCUGUCAUGUUAUGUUUGGAGAUAUGGUACAACCAGGGACUGGUGCUUAUAUCAGGACUUCUCAGCAAUCCCACAAUCGCACUGGACUCAAUUUCCAUUUGUAUGAACUACUUGAACUGGGACAUGCAAUUUAUGUUGGGCCUUAGUACAGCAGCCAGUAUCCGAGUCAGCAAUGAAUUAGGAGCAUCCCAUCCAAGGGUAGCAAAAUUUUCUGUCUUCGUAGUGAAUGGAACCAGCAUCCUCAUUAGUGUGAUUUUCUGUUCUAUUAUUUUGAUAUUCCGGGUUGCUUUGAGCAAACUUUUCACCACUGACUCUGAAGUCAUUGAGGCUGUGUCUCAUUUGACUCCCUUGCUUGCCAUUUCUGUUUUCUUAAAUGGCAUUCAACCUAUACUGUCAGGGGUGGCAAUUGGCAGUGGAUGGCAAGCAGUAGUGGCUUAUGUAAACUUGGCUUCUUAUUAUGUUAUUGGUCUUACUGUUGGAUGUCUUCUUGGCUUUAAAACUUCUUUAGGAGUUGCUGGUAUUUGGUGGGGAAUGAUCCUUGGAGUUCUUAUACAGACAAUAACUCUUAUAGUUCUGACUGCCAGAACAAACUGGCAAGCAGAGGUUGAAAAAGCUGUUGUUCGCAUCAAGAGAUCCGCAGAAAAUGACACUAUAGAUGAACUGGUUGCUGAUUCAUAG